UAAUGUGCCAAGUUUUCCGAGAAAGUCAACUUGGCUUCGGAUUGCACAUUUCAUUGCACAAAGGGAUCGUUCAAUGGUUCAAUGAGUUACAGAAACUUCACAGACGAUUCCAAACGUGGAAGUCCGGUUAGCUCAGAGUUCUCAGAAGACGAGAAAACAGCCCCUUUGCCCUCGGGAAUACCUUUGCGACAAAUGGCAGAUAACAAUUUUGAAGGUGGACCUUCGCUGGUGUCUAGCGGAUCGAUCAACAUGGAUUUCUUAGCAACAAUUGCACCACCUGUGGUGACUCAGCCCCAGGCCUUCACAGAUGAAAUGUUGGAUCCCAGUUCCAAAGGUGUGAUGACUUCACUAACCACCAAACACAUGAGUGGUGCAACUCUGCAGAGGACAUUGCGACACAGUGCCGAUGAGCUCCAACGUUCUGUUCAAGGACAAUUUGUUUCCUUGAAGGGAAAUAUGAGUUACAAGGAUCUCUUGGCUGGGCUUAUCUAUGAAGGUGAAAUCUUUCAAGCCCUGAAUCACUUCACAUUUAUGACCUACAAACAUCUUCAAUUCUGUGAUGAGCAUGCCAAAACAGUGAACCAGCGCAGUGGUGGCAUUUGUCUUUUAACAAACAAGAGAAUUCUCUUUUUGUCCUCACAACUUUCUCUUGGUGAGUGAGAAUGUUUCGUUGUACAUAAGUGAUGCUAUGAGUGAAACUUAAUUAGUAAAUUAACAAUUUUGGAUCUUAUACAAUUAUCACAUAGAUUAAAAUCAACUGAAAGAAGAAACCCAACUGUAAAAUGAAAUCCACACAGUUUACUAAGUUAACUUAAAUACAUGUAGUAAUCAAUUUCCUGGAGAAAAUUUUGUAAUUUUGUAAAUUUUUUGGAAUCUUGGAAAACUCCUGUAAGUGGCCAACAUUGGAACCAGGAAAGUGUCCAGUUAGACAGGUCUUCUAUAAGAGGUUAUGGGAGGCACAGUGGCUUAGUGGUUGGCAUGCCAGACUUCGAAUCAAGAUGUCUGGGUUAGAACCCUGGCCAGGGUCAUUGCAUAGUGUUCUUG